GGAAGCUCACAGAACUGGUCUGAAAGAAACUUCUAGAGACAGGGUGGAAAAGGUCAGCUUCCGGCAUCGGACAGACUUGGGUUCGAAUUCAGCUCUGCUUCUGACCAAUUGAUUCUGAACCCUUCAUCUCCCUAUGCCUCAGUGGUUCCUUUUGCGAAACGGGGACCCCGGCGGGAAACGAAAGACAGAACGAGUCCAGCGGAUGCUCUGACUGAACUGAGGGGCUCCUCCGCGCGCCCACCCCGCCCCGGGCGCCCCUUCCUCAGCCCCGGAGCGGGGCCUCACCUCCCCAGUCCCUCCGCCGCAGGCUCCUCCUCCAUUGACAUCAGAGCCGCAGGCGGGAGGAGGGAGCCAGCGGAGCCCGAACCGAGCCCCAGUGAGAGAGCGGGCUGGCGGGCCAGGAGCGCAGCAGCGGCGGACGGCGGCCGGAGCUCGGCCCCAGCCAAGUCGGGCCUCCCAGCCAGCCCCGCGGCGGGGCAGCCGCAGGAGCCCUGGCUGUGGCCGGAGGGCAGUGGGCCAUGCCGGGGGCAGUGGAAGGCCCCAGCUGGAAGCAGGCGGAGGACAUUAGAGACAUUUACGACUUCCGAGAUGUUCUGGGAACAGGAGCCUUCUCUGAGGUCAUCCUGGCAGAAGAUAAGAGGACUCAGAAGCUGGUAGCCAUCAAAUGUAUCGCCAAGAAGGCUCUGGAGGGCAAGGAGGGCAGCAUGGAGAACGAGAUCGCUGUCCUACACAAGAUCAAGCACCCCAACAUUGUAGCCCUGGAUGACAUCUACGAGAGUGGGGGACACCUCUAUCUCAUCAUGCAGCUGGUGUCAGGCGGUGAGCUGUUUGACCGAAUUGUGGAAAAAGGCUUCUACACGGAACGGGAUGCCAGCCGCCUCAUCUUCCAGGUGCUGGAUGCUGUCAAGUACCUACACGACCUGGGCAUCGUACACCGAGACCUCAAGCCAGAGAAUCUGCUGUACUACAGCCUGGAUGAAGACUCUAAGAUCAUGAUCUCCGACUUUGGCCUCUCCAAGAUGGAAGACCCCAGCAGUGUGCUCUCCACGGCCUGUGGGACCCCAGGAUACGUGGCCCCUGAGGUGCUGGCCCAGAAGCCCUACAGCAAGGCCGUGGAUUGCUGGUCCAUCGGGGUCAUCGCCUAUAUCCUGCUCUGUGGUUAUCCUCCCUUCUAUGACGAGAAUGAUGCCAAACUCUUUGAACAGAUUUUGAAGGCCGAGUACGAGUUUGACUCUCCUUACUGGGACGACAUCUCUGACUCUGCCAAAGACUUCAUCCAGCACUUGAUGGAGAAGGAUCCAGAGAAGAGGUUCACCUGUGAGCAGGCCUUGCAGCACCCCUGGAUUGCAGGAGAUACUGCCCUAGAUAAGAAUAUUCACCAGUCCGUGAGCGAGCAGAUCAAGAAGAACUUUGCCAAAAGCAAGUGGAAGCAAGCCUUCAAUGCCACAGCCGUGGUGCGGCACAUGAGGAAGCUACAGCUGGGCACCAGCCAGGAGGGGCAGGGACAGACAGCGAGUCGUGGGGAGCUCCUGGCACCAGCAGCCGGGGGGCCGGUGGCUGGCUGCUGCUGUCGUGACUGCUGUGUGGAGCCCAGCCCAGAACUGUCCCCCUCUCUGCACCCCCAGCUCUAGGGGCCUGGAUCCAGGGUCAGGAUCUGCUAUGCAGGAAGGGUUGGGGAUGGCCUACUCUCCCUCCCUCCCUGAACUGGGGAGGUACCCUGCCCCACCCCCUCCACACCCCUUUCCGUAUCACCCCUCCACUGCAUUUUCCAUACAAAUAUUUCUAUUUUAUUGUUCCUUCUUACAAUAAAGAUAAGAGAUUAAAACCA